AGGUAGUUAAGGUGACGUAUAUACCAGAACGAGGCAGCGAUUGGUCCAAACCUGAUUCCGGUAGAGGGCAGCCGUCCAACUCAGGACUGAGGGGGAAAAACAGGGACGAAGAACUGUCAGUUUCCCGAAAUAAAGACAGCAUUUCAAUCAGGUUUGGUCAAUAGGUUGUGAGUGUGAUGGCGUCGGGCAGUACGAGCAGUGAGGAGGAGAGGAGUCUGAGGGAGUGUGAGCUGUAUGUGCAGAAACAUAACAUCCAACAGCUGUUGAAGGACUGCAUCGUACAGCUAUGUACCUCCCGGCCGGACAGACCCAUGGCCUUCCUCAGAGAGUACUUCGAGAGGCUGGAGAAGGAGGAGGCUAAGCAGAUCCUACAGCAGCAGAAGUCCAACUCUCGCUCCGACUCCCGUGAGGAGGAGGUGUCUCCUCCCAUGAAUCCCGUGGUGAAGGGGCGGCGGCGGCGCGGUGCCAUCAGCGCCGAGGUCUACACGGAGGAAGACGCCGCCUCCUACGUCAGAAAGGUUAUUCCUAAAGACUACAAAACGAUGGCCGCCCUGGCUAAAGCCAUUGAGAAGAACGUGCUGUUUGCUCACCUGGACGACAACGAGAGAAGCGACAUCUUUGACGCCAUGUUUUCUGUUACCUACAUCACCGGGGAGACGGUCAUUCAGCAAGGUGACGAGGGAGACAACUUCUACGUCGUUGACCAGGGAGAGAUGGAUGUGUAUGUGAACAAUGAGUGGGUGACCAAUAUUGGGGAGGGGGGCAGCUUUGGCGAGCUGGCCCUGAUCUAUGGGACCCCCAGGGCCGCCACGGUCCGAGCCAAGAGCAACGUCAAACUGUGGGGCAUCGACAGGGACAGUUACAGGAGGAUACUCAUGGGAAGCACUUUGAGAAAGCGUAAGAUGUAUGAGGAAUUCCUCAGCAAGGUGUCCAUUUUAGAGUCUCUGGACAAGUGGGAGAGGCUGACGGUAGCUGAUUCUCUGGAGAACGUUCAGUUUGAAGACGGACAGAAGAUCGUGGUUCAGGGUGAACCUGGAGAUGAGUUCUUCAUCAUCCUGGAGGGUUCAGCGGCUGUGCUCCAGAGACGGUCAGAGAAUGAAGAGUUUGUGGAGGUGGGCAGACUGGGGCCCUCUGACUAUUUUGGUGAGAUCGCCCUGUUGAUGAACCGCCCCCGUGCUGCGACCGUGGUCUCCCGCGGCCCUCUGAAGUGUGUGAAGCUGGACCGCCCGCGGUUCGAACGCGUUCUGGGGCCCUGCUCAGACAUCCUGAAGAGGAACAUUCAGCAGUACAACAGCUUCGUCUCUCUCUCCGUCUGAGUCCCUCCGUUCCUCUAUCUCUCUCUCUCUCUCUCCGUCCCUCCAUUCUUCUAUCGCUCCAUCUCGCCCUCCUUCGGCUCCUCCCUCCUUUGCCCCACCCCCUGGCUCCUCCCUCCUUUGCCCCACCCCCUGGCUCCUCCCUCCUUGGCCCCACCCCCUGGCUCCUCCCUCCUUCCUUAACAACGGGUUCCACCAAUGAUCUGUUUGUUUUCUUCACGUUUCUAACCCUCCACCCCUGGCUCCUCCCUCCUCCCUCCCCUUAACAACGGGUUCCACCAAUGAUCUGUUUGUUUCCUUCAUGUUUCUGCCCCUCCACCCGGGGCUCCAGAUCACUUGGCUGGGACAUUGUUGUUGAACUGGUGUUAUUGUAUUUUGCUAUGAACCCAGAUUCAUUUGAUUGGACACGUAUGUGAUGAACUCUGUCGGAGGGCGCAAUAUUUCUGUAGUAUUUUAAUGUCGACUAUGAAGACAGGAUGAGUUGUCUCUGCAGUGUUCAGACGGCAACAGGUCAGGGAGGGAUCAAAACGUGACCCCGAGAGGGUCUGUUCAGACCCAGGGUUCCAACGGAAUUACAAUGUGGUUCCGUUGUGGUUCCAUUACUGUUCACCCAGAGUUCUCUCUGACACCGGGUCAAAACGAAGACCGCGUCAUGUGUUGAUGAGACACCACGACUCUGUCCUGGUUAGGAUCCAGAAGACCUUGUAAUGUCUGGACUAGAGACACCAUGAGUCUGUCCUGGUUAGGAUCCAGAAUACCUUGUAAUGUCUGGACUAGAGACACCAUGAGUCUGUCCUGGUUAGGAUCCAGAAGACCUUGUAGUGUGUUGUCUAGAGACACCAUGAGUCUUAGAGAAAUGUUGUUUUGAAUAGAUCUGAGAUCUGUGUUCUUAUACUUUUUAUAGUUGUUUUCUGGAAUGUUCUUUGAGGGUACUAAGAAGCUGUUGUUUUUACACCAUGAUUUUGAGGGAGGGUGUCCCGGGUCCAGGGGUGUGGCUGCUCUCUCCCUAUUGGAAGUUAUUCUAUCUCUCUACCCCCCCCCCUUUCUCUCUCUUUCCCAUCUUGUUUCCCCCCCUUUCUCCCACCCCGGUCGUUGGGAUAGAUCUUAUACGUGUCAUUGUGUCUAGGUGUGUUUAAAAUGCUCCGUUCAGGAAAAGGGAAAACUACCUUUAUUCUACUCUGCCUUUUUACUGGUCACAGAAAGCAGAUCUGGACUGAACAUCGAGUUCCUCUGGCCUGGGUGAUCAGUCUUAAGGGAUAUUCAGUAUUUCACUUCGUGCUUCAUGUGUCGCCAUUUAGCUUCUAAAUAAGAGGUUUUUUAUAACAGGUGAUGGUUGUGAGGAAAGCAUGUUAUACAACUCAACGUUAAUUCAACCUCCUCUAGUUGAAUGGAGAAUGUGGACCGUUCUGAUAUCAACCCCGGUGGGUUUAAUAGUGUUUCAUCCCGUGGAUGGUACAUGUCCAGUGUCACACAUGGCUUCCUAAACACCCCCAUCUAAUGUUUUUGACAUGGGGGCGGUCUGUUUCUGAGAGUGGCUGUUUUUCACCUCUUCGUUGAACUGUUAGUGACGAGACUGAACCCUCAUUAUAAACGUAUCUUUGAGAAGUGCCUGGUUGAGUUCUAUCGACACUCUCUCUUAGAAUUCACAAUUAGAACCUAAAGCAUUCCGGUUCCACACCGUCAUGGAGUCUCAAGUGUUUUCAAUGUUUGGGGUCUAACCUUUUAUCUAACCAUUUUAUAGUUUGAACCAUUCCUGUUGUGUUUUGAAAAACCCGUGUUUUGUUCUAAUCCCAACUACAGUAUACUGUUGUCAACUGGACAUUUGCCAUUAUUUAUUUUUUUAGAAUUUUGAUGAAUAUUUUGUAAUGUACUAUAUAGUAUACGGUUAGCGUAAGACUCCCUCUCUCCAGCCCAACGCUGUCCAACGUGUUACUGCUGUUAUUUUCAUGGACAUUUAUAAAGGAAUCCAUCAAAACUGUGAUGUAUAGAGAUGUGGAUACAAAUCAGUCCUGUAUAGACUAGUCCUCUGAAAGGAACUGUUUGAAUCAAUCUGUUGUUAUGGAUGUGUUCCAAAUGGAACCCUAUUCAGUGGUGGAUGUGUUCCAAAUGGAACCCUAUUCAGUGGUGGGUGUGUUCCAAAUGGAACCCUAUUCAGUGGUGGGUGUGUUCCAAAUGGAACCCUAUUCAGUGGUGGGUGUGUUCCAAAUGGAACCCUAUUCAGUAGUGGGUGUGUUCCAAAUGGAACCCUAUUCAGUGCACUGCCUUUGACUAAGUAGUGCACUAUAUAGGCAAUAGGGGUGCCAUUUUGGAGGCGGGCAGGGUUUUAUUUCCACCGUGGUGUGUAGUCCUGGAUAAGGCGUCUCCAGCUGAACUAGGAUCAGGCUGGAAUGGACACGGCCCUGCUGCAUCUCAUGGUUGAUCCAUUUCUGGUGUUUUUACAUUUUUACUGUUCAACUGUCCUUGGUGUCUUGUGUUUAAUAAAUGAGACUUGUUUUAUUUGUCAGGC